AUGCCUUUGGUUACUGAAUUAACAUUCAAUAUUAUUAGUCUAAGUACCAAGCCAGAUGGAAAGACCGAUGCCUCGUCUAACAAUGUUAUUACUGUUCUCAUCGAUGGAACUCUUGUGGCUUCCUCGGACAUUCAAGUUUUAGCUAAAACUAAAUCUUGGAUUGAGUUUAGUCACAUAGAUGGGCUUUCCAUUACUGGCGGUACUAUCGAUGGGCAAGGAACUGCCUUAUGGAAUUGUAAACACUCGGGGAAGAGUUGCCCCAUUGGAGCCACAAGACUUCAAAUAAAUGAUGCACAAAACGUGAACAUCACUAGAUUAUCUUCGAUUAACAGCCAAAAGUUCAACAUUGUGAUGCAUGGGUGUCAAAACGUGCAUAUGACAAGAGCGAAUGUCUCGGCUGCAGACGAUAGUCCAAACACUGAUGGCAUCCAUGUGCAACAAGCAUCAGAUGUGAUCAUCCUCAACUCGAGCAUUAACAACGGUGAUGACUGCAUCUCAAUUAGUCCAGGGACCUCCAACUUGUGGAUGGAAAGUAUUACAUGCAGACCUAGAAAUGGAAUCAGAUAG